AUGGGGGAGAGUUCUUCUAUAGAUAUUGAGCUUAUCAGAAAAAGGCUUUCUCCGGCCUCCAAUCCAUCUUUGGUGCCAACUUCUUGUAUUUAUAGAGUCGAAAAAAGAAUUCGCAAAAUGAACGAAGAUGCCUACACUCCAGACACAAUCUCCAUCGGCCCUUAUCAUCGUGACAAGCAAAACUCGCAAAUGCUAGCCAUGGAAGACCUUAAGUCGCGAUACGUACAGGCACUACUCAUUCGAACAAGCGAGAGAAUCAGUCUAGAGGAUUAUCUGAAAGCUCUCAAGAAGUUAGAAACUGAAGCUCGUGGGUGUUACUCAGAACUCAUCAACUAUGAAGAAAACUACUUCAUAGAAUUGAUGCUCUUUGAUGGGUUGUUCAUCCUUGAGUUAUUUAGGAAAUAUUCACAUGAUGUUGAUGUAGAAGAAAGUGAUCCCAUAUUCCAUUCCAAUUUAGGAAGAACUAGGGUUGUGCGUGACUUGUUAUUGCUUGAAAACCAAAUACCCAUGUCAGUUCUUGAAAAAUUAUUCGAUCUAAGUAAGGAUCCUAAAGUUGAUAAGAAAUCACUAAUCGAAUUAGCUCUCAAUUUCUUUGAGGCAUUGAUACCAGAUGGUAUGUACAAGUAUAAAAAGACCAUUAACCCACCAAAGCAUUUACUGGAUCUAUUAAGCUACACACUUGGGAGUUCUCUUCCACAGGUCACGAAGUUAGCAUCAAGCACAGCACAAGAAUCUCUACCAUGUGUGAUGGAGCUCCAGCGUUCUGGUGUAAAAUUUGAGAAGGGCUCUGAAGAUGGUAGCUUGAUGGACAUAAAGUUCAACGAAGGAGUAUAUGAAAUCCCUCCACUAUGUGUUGGUGGUUACACCGAAGCCUUUUUCAGGAACCUUAUUGCUUACGAGCAACAGGGUUAUAGAGGUAGGCACCACGUAACAUCUUAUGCUAUUUUGAUGGAUUACCUUAUUAACUCUGCAGAUGAUGUGGCAUUUCUUCGAGAUCGUGAAAUUAUUAAGAAUCAAUUGGGUGAAGAUAAAAAGGUCUUGUCUCUAUUUAACAAUCUCUGCACUGGAAUUUUUGCUGAUGAGUUCUAUUAUGGGGAUCUCUGUGACAAUGUGCAUGCUUAUUACAACCGGCCCUGUAACAAAUGGAAAGCGGAUUUUAAGCGUGAUUAUUGCAGCAGUCCAUGGGCGAUCAUUUCAGUGGUUGCAGCAAUUCUAUUACUUUUUCUCACUAUCUGCAGUACCGUAUUGACAGCCCUGCCUUUCUUUAGUGUUAAAGAAUUCAUUCAUAAAUCUUAGAUAUUUUCCACUCAACGGUCCACUAGGGCUCUCUGCCAUUCUCAGAGCGUGAGCACACUGCUGUAAUUGUGAUAA